AUGUUGAGUUUACUCAAAUUAUGCGACGAUAAGGAAUAUCUCUUAGGGUUGGCUGCGAAAUCAGAUAACGCAGAACCUGCUGAGAAGGUCAACGAAUUCCCCCUCCAAGAGGAAGAGAAUAAAAAAGCAUCAGGAAACACAGAUGAAACAAGCGAAAAUGAUCGUGAGGACGAGGAUGAAGAUGACAGUUCGGAAUAUGUUCCGAUGACUGACAGUGAAUACGACACUGACGAAAUACCAGACUCUGAUGAACAGCUGGAGGAACCUGAAGUGAACGAGAAUGAAGUACCAAACUCUUCUCAUGAUAGAAGUGCAAUUAAAGAAAAUAAUACAUCGCAAAAUUCUACCUUGAAUUCAUCUGCAAACCGUACAAGUAUCGGAUGUGACGAUGCCCAUCUCAACGUAGAUCCGUCAAACGGCUCUAAAGGGGCUGGAAAAUUAUAUUAUUGCAUUUUCUGUGGUAAAAAACAAACCAAAUUUGCUCGACAUUUGCUACGAGUACACAGUGACGAAACUGAAGUGAAAAAAUUCAGUUACUUACCUGCAAAAAACCCUGAGCGACUAAAAUUUAUCACUAUGCUUCGAAACAAAGGCAGUUUGGUACAUAACAAAGAUAUCACUAUAAAUAAUGGAAAGUUAUUUGUCUGUCGAAGACCUCAGGCAAAAAUGAAGAAGGCUGGUAAGGACUUCGUACCAUGCUCGAAAUGUAAAGGUUUUUAUGCUAAAAGCAAUAUUCGUCAUCAUUAUCAACGUUGUGCAAAUCCAAAGAGCGGCAAUACUCGAACGAUAUUGAUAGAGGGGAGAAAACUUGUUAAACGUAACCACCCUGAAGCAUCUUUCAAGAUGAGCAACAGAAUUUUACCCGUACUGAGAGAUGACACUGAAGGUCAUAUUGCUAGAUAUGAUCGACUAAUUGUAUUAUUUGGCAACAAAUUAUCUCGUAAAUACCAGCAUCCACAUCAAGAUAAAAUGAUAAGAAGUCAAUUGAGGUUACUUGCUCGGUUUGUGAUAGCAUUAAAAGACCUAGAUCCAGAAAUUACGGAUUUGCAAUCUCUGUAUAAUCCUAAAUUUUAUGAUACAGCUCUGAAAGCAGUGAAUAAAGUGGCUAAAUUCCGCGAUGAAGACGGUACUUAUGAAACUCCAGCUCCAGCUGCGGCACUUGGAACAUGCUUGAAGAAAAUUGGGGCUAUUCUAAAAAGUGACUGCAUCAAACGACAUGAUGCUGAGAAGAAACAGCUGACUAUAGACUUUUUGAAUUUCCUCGAAGAAGAUUACGGUUGCAGUAGUGUGAAGAAUGCAUUGAUGACCAAGCAGCAAGAGCUGAUGAAUACGACGGGAUUGCAUCUGGGAGUGAAAAUCCUGAACAAUCUGUCACUGGGAGUGACGCAGACGACGUUCAUGGCCCUACAAUAA